AUGAAGGAAAGGAAUCGCGUCAAGAAAAGCAUUAUGGAGAGAAAGUGCUCACCUAACAAGAGACUUGCAGCAAGCUCAGGACAGAGAAGGGCCCUGAACCAGCAAGUGACCUCUCUCCAAACAUCAUUUAAUAAAACACAAGACGAGGCUACACAGCUCAGGGCAGCAUUGCAUGACUGUGAGCGUCGUCUUUAUGUGCUCAGAAAUGCCACAUUGAGAAAGUGGCUGAGCUUGAGAGAGUAAAGAAGGAAAUCCAGGCUAUAAAGGAAAACCUCUUCUCUCAAGUUAGUCGUCUGCAGGAUGAGAGCAUCACAAAUGAAAGGAACAGGAGCCUCUUGACUGAGAAGGUGGCGAGUCUUGAAACAAGACUGGAUGAAAAAGAAAGAGAAAAUGAAAAUUUGGUGGCAGAAAUUGACGAUUUGAAGGAAAGGAAUUGGCGUCAAGAAAAGCAUUAUGGAGAGAAAGUGCUUCACCUCAUGACAGCCUUGGAACAAGCUCAGGACAACGAAAGGGCCCUGAACCAGCAUUCAGAGGAAACAAUCAGCAAGCUCAAAGAAGAGCUCAAGGCAAAGCAGGAGGAAGAGAUACAAGCGCCAAGUGAAAGACAUCUUAACUCCACUGGGGUGCAGACAGACGAGAUAUCACCUGACCUCGAGAUAUCACCUGAACCUCAGCAGUUGGAAACUCCUGCUAUUAUUAUUAUUACAAACACAAACACAGCCAUGAGCUCCUCCACUAGUAGGAUGGAACAGAACAGAACAGAAGAAGUGACCAAUUAUGACUUUCAGGGUUUUGACUCAGUGGAAUUAAACCCGCUUCCUUCUGGAGUCGGCCAGGAUUCAGAGGACUUAGAUGAACAGGACCAAAUUGGCUCACCUGACUCCGUAAAGAAAUCAUCUCCAGAAGAGACCAAAAAGUCAGGCAUGAGAGGGCUCAUCAGCAGGAUGAAAGCUAUUUCUGUCCAAACAUUUGCUCAAGAGUCAAUCCUGAAGGUGAGGUCUAGAGUCAGACGUAGGCUGGCCCACCGUCGAAGACAGGAAGCUGACAGUUCAGAUACUUCAAUGCUUCUGGAGAGUGAGGAUAGUCUUUCAAAUGAGAUAAUUACACCUGAAGAUCAGCAUACAAACAGUGAGUCUGAAGAGAUUGGGCCUUCCACUGCCCUCUGUAAAAGUGACUGUGAGCGUCGUCUGCAGGAUGAGAGCAUCACAAAUGAAAGGAACAGGAGCCUCUUGACUGAGAAGGUGGCGAGUCUUGAAACAAGACUGGAUGAAAAAGAGUUAGAAAAUGGAAAUUUGGUGGCAGAAAUUGACGAUUUGAAGGAAAGGAAUUGGCGUCAAGAAAAGCAUUAUCGAGAGAAAGUGUUUCACCCCACAACAGCCUUGGAACAAGCUCAGGACAACGAAAGGACCCUGAACCAGCAUUCAGAGGAAACAAUCAGGAAGCUCAGAGAAGAGCUCAAGACAAAGCAGGAGGAAGAGAUACUAGCGCCAAGUGAAAGACAUCUUAACUCCACUGGGGUGCAGACAGACGAGAUAUCACCUGACCUCGAGAUAUCACCUGAACCUCAGCAGCUGGAAACUCCUGCUGCUGAGGCUCAGAGUGAGAGCCUGUGGAAGCGCUCUCUCAGAGGUGCACUGAGCGUAGGCAAGUUCAUCGGUGUGUCCUCUGCAUGUGCACUUGUUGCAGUGGGUAUACUGUCCAUUGGAUUGAUUGCUCAUUGUGAUUGCCCAUGUGAUCCUUUCUCCCACCUGUUGGAAUCAUUGACUAUUCACAACACAGGACACCCCUCUUAA